GGUAGCAAAGUGAAGAUGCAUGAUACUAAAUCACCGCCAAAAGCUCACCAAACUCACUCGAUUCUGAACUAUAUAAAAGGAGCAACUUCUUCCUAGUUCAACAUCAAAUAGCCUAUCAAUUUCUGCUUUUCAGCUUUCCUGCUCUUAAAAAUGGUUUGCGGGAGUAACUUGUCUCUUAUUGCUCUCUUUAUCUUGCUUGCAAUAUCUGGGCAAGCACUUGGAGGACGUCACACCCCAAAGAAAUCAAAGGAUGUGGACGUGAAGCAACCUGAGUGGUUGACAUCUGACCGCAGUUUUCUCAUUCCAGGCAUUGGACGGGAGAUGCUGCCACCAUCAAUCCAGAUUCCACCAUAUCUCAAUGUUCCUGCCUACGAUCCAUAUGUUGGUAUUGGAGCUGGUACUGGCAACGACCUUCCAGGUGGUGAUGACACAACCAUCCCAAAUCCUGGGGUUGAAGUGCCAAGUCCUAGCAGUGGCAGCGGCAAUGUCCCAGCUCAUCCAUGAGCACGCAGUGCUGCUCCUUAAUAAACAGUUACCCGGAUGGAUGUUAGAUGCAUGCAUUGGGGUUUAGUAUGGCAUUUGUUUGUAGUUAAAAUUUGUUAUGGUAAGGAAUUCAAGUCUAUUAAGCUUCCUCUGCUUGAGAUGCAAAUAAGUUUGGACACAUUAGGUCUGAGUCAGGUUCUAAGCCGAUCCUAGUAUCUUUCUAAGAUGUAUUAUUCUAAUUCUGCACUUGUAAUGGAUCACUUAUGCUUAUUUCAUUUCUGCAGUUAUGCAUGUGUUCUAGGAA